AUGGCUCCCUUUUCUUUCGCGCGUCAGGCGCAACCUGCAGCUCAGUCCAACGGCACCGCUUCGUCUCUGUUCGGCAACCCACGCGCGGCCAACGGCGCAUCUCCCAGCGAUCCUCUCCAACCUUUGCGCGCAAUGGCCGACCGUGUAGGCAAAGAGGUGGAAAAGUUCGCGGAGCGAGUUGAUCACUGGCACACAUACGGAAAGGAUAACGCCGCUAUCAAACACCAGGCAACGGUCAAGAUGGUGGGACACUUCAGGGACGUCGCAGAAUCGCAAGUAAACGAAUUGAAGCGCACCAGUGGUGCAGAGAACCAGGGCGCGUUGAACAAGAGUACACGACGUCGCGUACAAAACAUGGGAGAAGGUUCAGUUCAGGGUUCGUUUGCACAAUCUUUCCAAUCGAUUGUGCCAUCCGUCGAAUCUAGCACCCCGCUCGAUUCUGCAAGCGUACAGGAGCUGCGACAAUGGCAGGCUGAGCUGGCGACAUGGGACCUCCUCUGCAUCAUCAUCGAUCACUACCACCCUGAACCCGGCAAAGACGUUGAAGCAGCGAAGCGAGCGCAACUGGAGACGGCUGGCGGCGACAAGCGUUACAGUCCAAACAGCGAGAUCUGGGAUAGGUUUCUGUUAGAAGACGACCAGGCAAAGGAGAAGGAUCUCAUUCUGCGUUGGCUUGAGCAGACCGCUCAAGACAGCGAGAGCGAUAUCGAGUCGAUCACUGCGGUGCUGGAAGAAAAGUCUGGCAAGGGCGCAAACACUUGGACAAGCGGAUGGCUGGACACCAAAUCCAGAAUCAAGCAGGCGAAGCGCAUGGAGGGCUCAGACCAACCUUUGAAGCCCGAGUCCACAAACCUGAAGACUGCGGAUCGAUCACAACAGCUGGUGACGCAGCUGGACCCUGACGCGCCGUCGCGGCAGAAGCGCGUGCUCGAGAGGUCGGACGAAUUUUACGAGAAAGCUCUCUGGUUGGUUUGCUACGAGAUGAUGCGUCGUGGUGUUCCGUGGAAGGAGAUCUGCGAGUGGGCACUGGAGAGGAACGAGGCGUGGCGCGGUGUGAGCAUAGGCGCAGCAUACGAGUCGUACACCCCUGGCAGCCCGAACGUCGCUGGCGAGACAGUCGGAUACCUGUUCCGACGAAUGUGUUUCUAUGCCGCGCAAGGCACCCGACUACCGUACGAGGGCGCUGUGUAUGGCCUGCUGAGCGGAGAUGUGGACAAAGUCCGGGAAGUUGCUCGUACCUGGGACGAUCACCUAUACGCACACUACAACGCCCUGCUACUGUCUCGAUUUGACUCCUACCUGCAACGACAGCAUCCGAGCCGAGUGACGCAGAGCCUGAGCCAAAGGUUUGUGUUCCACGAUGCCGUUGCCAACAUUGGGAAUUGGUCCAACUCUCCCAGGGCGGUCAUCAGCGCCUUGAAGCAGCACAAAGCCUCGUCAACGCUGGCAACCGCACCAGUCAAGCUUAUCCAGGGCGCCUUGAUCGGUCGAACAUUGGAGGAGCUUGUCCAUAUGGUCGGCAUCGCACUGGCCGACAUGCUGCAGGACGAUGAACGAGCUGGCAACCUCAUGGUCCACCCCGACUCGCCGGAGAGUGGUCGAGGGCCAAAACCGGCGUCUGGACAGCGAGCCGUUGCAGUGGAUGGAUGCUACCAGACGCUUGCUGGGGAUCCACACGCUUUCCGCAUCCUGGUACACGUUCUCAUCGCAGUCCGAGGAGGUAUGGGCCUGCUGAAGACGGAAAAUCUGCCCCAAAGGCUGGCCAUGGAUAACGUGAUCGCUGGCUAUAUCGAGCUCCUGCGCCUUAGCAAGCGCAUCCAGUUGAUUCCCCUCUAUGCAGCGCAACUACCGGAAGCACGGCAAUACUACUGUCUGGCACGGGUGCUUCCUGACAUCAAGAACCGCGACGAGCAACAGAACUGCAUAGCUCUGCUGGAGUCGUACGGAGUCGACACGGUCGAGGUGGUUUCUCAAAGUUUCACGCUUGCCUUCAACCAUAGUGGCUUCAUCCACUUUGACGAGGAAGGAAGCUCUGUGAUUACGCAGCCCAUCAAGCGCUUCCCGAUGCUUCAGCCGACAGACGCGACGGAUCAGAAGCAGAGGCUUCUGUGGCCGGGCGUACGGAUCAGGCCCGAGUUUGACGGGCGUGAGCUGGAGUCCAAGGACGAGGGCAUCAUCGACGCAGUUUAUUGGUACAACUAUCUCAGUACCGAGGACGAGGAGACAUUCGAGCACCUGAAGAACGCACUGACGAUUUUCCUCCUCAACGGCCGCCUCGGCGCUGCGGAGAAGAUGGUCGAGGAGGUCAAUGUCGAGUCGCUCUCUCUGUCACGGACUGAGGCACUCUGCGGAUAUCCCUUUGACUUCAACGCGGACGGCGCCGAAGUGCAAGACGAGCGCCUGUUGCACGCCCAUCGCGAGACGCUGUCGCGCGAAGCUCGAAGCAGACUGCCCGUAGCGCGACUGCCUGAUGCUGAGCAGCAUGCGCAGAUUGUGUACCGCCUGCGGGAGCGCAGCGCACCCUACUACGACCUGCAGCAGAUAGUGCGCAUCGUCGCCAUGUUCCGGGCGUGGCGUAUAGAGGAGCAGAAGCUCAUCAAGUAGGUUUUCAAAAGAAAAGAAAGAAAAAAGGGAAAAAAAUAAAUUCGCUAACGCCUCGCAGCACGCGCAACCAAGCCAAGGUGAACACGAAGGAAAUCAAAGAAAUCCUCGACAACAUGACCAACGUCUUCGACAACCUGAUUCCGUCGCUGGGCGAGACCCAUGCAGCCGACACGCGGGACACGAUGGACCUGAAGCGGGCGUACGUACCGGAGAUGAUGAUCACGUACCUGUCGGUGCUGCAGUCGGCGUCGUUCCUGCUGAACCGCGAGACGGCGCUCAAAGCGAUGGAAGUGGCGACGCUCGUCGCGGACCCGGGCAGCGCGUGGCUGCAGUCGCUGUUCCUGGAGACGGGGCGCAUGAGCGAGCUGGUGGCGACGCUGGCGCAGGUGAGCAAGGCGAUGCUGCAUCUGAAUGAGCACGAGGGCAGGAAGAAGGAGACGAAGAAGCGCGGGAGCAAGGGCGAGACGUUGAGGAUCUGGGAUUUGAAUGCCAGCACCAGGGUGUAG